AACCACAGAACGCCACCCUACCCCGCGGGGGACUACUGUCUCCUGUGCAGAAGCGAGCGCAAGGACCCGGCCUUCUCAGAGAGCGGCGGCCUCAAGGUCUCGAGCAAGCUGGCCCUCUCAGCAGCGGCCUCCAAGGGCAACAAGGUGCUGCACCUGCCGCUGUGGGUGUGCCCCGACUGCCGGCGGACAGUGGAGAAGGAGGAGCGGCAGGAGCAGAGUGCUAGCCGAGAUUUCCUCCUGCACAAUGCCCUGGGAGCCCCGCAGACGGAGACAGGCAGCAGACUGGCCGUGGGCGCCCCCACGCUUCCCCCAGCAGGGGGACUGGGCACCUCCACCGCUGCUGAUGCCGCCUGCGCAUGUGAGGCCUGCAGCGAGCGCAGGGACAUUUCGGCAGAGACGGACCGAGAGUCCCAGCAGCUACAGAAUUACUGGUCAGAAGUACGCUACAUGGUGCGCUGCGUGUACCGCCAGGCUGGGACCCCGCUGGCGGAGGACCAGGACCAGUCUCUCGUCCCUGACCGAGAGGGCAUGAAGGAGCUGGUGGACAGGCUCUGCGAGAGGGACCCCUACCAGCUGUACCAGCGACUGGAGCAGCAGGCCCGAGAAUACGUGCUGGAGAUGAAGGUGCGGCUCCUGCGACAGCUGUCAGCUGCGGCCAAGGUGAAGGCCCCCUCGGCCAUCCAGGGCCCGCCCCAAGCGCACCAAUUCAUCUCACUGCUGCUGGAGGAGUACGGCGCGCUCUGCCAGGCGGCACGCACCAUCAGCUCCUUCUUGGGCACGCUGGAAAAUGAGCACUUGAAAAAGUUCCAGGUGACGUGGGAGCUGCAUAAUAAGCACCUGUUUGAGAAUCUCGUCUUUUCUGAGCCACUUCUCCAGAGCAACCUGCCGACACUGGUGUCCCAGAUCAGGCUGGGCACCACCACGCACGACACCUGCAACGAGGACACAUACAGCACCUUGCUGCAGCGCUACCGCCGCUCGGAGGAGGAGCUGCGCCGCGUGGCCGAGGAGUGGCUGGAGUGCCAGAGGAGGAUCGACGACUAUGUGGAUGAGCAGAUGACGAUGAGAACCAAACAGCGCAUGCUCACCGAAGACUGGGAGCUCUUCAAGCAGCGGCGGUUCACCGAGGAGCAGUUACCCAGCAAGAGGGCGGUCGCUGGUGAGAACCACUUCACAGACACCAUGAGGCACAUGCUGUCAUCGAGGCUGGCCCUGCCCGACUGCCCCAACUGCAACUACAGGAGGAGGUGUGCUUGUGACGACUGCAGCCUGUCCCACAUCCUCACCUGUGGCAUCAUGGAGCCCCCAGUCGCUGACGAUCUCCACGUCCACCAACUGCCCCUCCAGAUGGGCUCUGCUCCCGACUACCUCUCGGAGAUGCGCCCACCCAGCGUGUCCUCGGCCAGCUCAGGCUCGGGCUCCAGCUCCCCCAUGACGGUUCAGCAGCACCCCAGGCUCACGCUCGUGGACAACGGCGCCGCUCCAACUUUUUGCAGUGAUGAGGAAGAUGGCACGCCGCUGUCAGCUAGAUUUGCUGGCAUCUACCCGUUGAGCAAUUAUAAUGACGCCGAAGUGGUGGCCAGCAUGAACGGAAUCCACAGUGAGCUGAACGGUGGCGGUGGGGAGCACAUGGCCCUGAAAGAGGAGUCCCCCCAGGUCAGCAGCACCAGCAGCAGCUCUUCAGAAGCCGACGAUGACGAGGCAGACGGCGAGAGUAGUGGGGAGCCUCCAGGACCCCCGAAGGAAGAGGUUGCGCUGGGAAAUGGGAGCCUCGGGCCGGAAGAGAGCAAAGUGGACAGCCCACCCCCAUCCUACCCGGCCCAGCAGGCGGAGCCAGCUCAGAACACGUGUGAGUGCCACGUCUGUAAGCAAGAAGCCUCCGGGCUGACUGCAUUGGCAACGCCCGCGGGCGCUCUUCCUCCCGGCCACCAGUUCCUGAGCCCUGAGAAGCCCACCCAUCCUGCCCUGCACCUCUACCCCCACAUCCAUGGACACGUGCCUCUGCACACCAUCCCACACCUGCCUCGCCCUCUUAUCCACCCCACCUUGUAUGCUGCGCCCCCCUUCACACACAGUAAGGCUUUACCGCCAGCACCUGUUCAGAAUCACACAAAUAAGCAUCAGGUAUUCAAUGCAUCUCUUCAAGACCAUAUUUACCCGAGCUGUUUUGGGAACACUCCAGAGUGGAAUAGUUCUAAAUUUAUAAGUCUCUGGGGAUCAGAAGUGAUGAAUGAUAAGAACUGGAACCCUGGCACUUUCUUGCCAGAUACAAUUUCUGGGGGCGACCUGCUAGGGCCUGCGCUCUCAGAGACCAGACCAGAAGCCCUCCCACCGCCGGCCAGUAAUGACACACCCACGGUCGCGGAUGGCAAGGAGAAAAAAAACGUGAAAAAGAAAUGCUUGUACAAUUUCCAAGAGGCCUUCAUGGAAGCCAACAAAGUGGUUAUGGCCACCUCGUCGGCCACGUCCUCCGUCUCCUGCACAGCCACCACCGUGCAGUCCAGCAACAGCCAGUUCAAGGUGUCAUCCAAGAGGCCGCCAUCCAUAGGCGAGGUCUUCCAUGGCCUUCCCAAGGAGGACCACAGGCCCCCGGGCCCGGCCGCGCCUCGAAGCAGCCCCACGGGGCUUACGCCGCUGCCCCCCCUCUCCCCUGCCGGCCUCUCGGCCUCCUCACCCCACCUGGCAAAUCUCACGGCCCCCUCAUUCCCCAAGACCGCUACCCCAGCUCCGGGCUUUGUGGACACAAGGAAGAGUUUCUGCCCGGCCCCUGUGGCGCCCCCGCCUCCCACCACCGAUGGCUCUCUUAGCGCGCCCCCCAGUGUGUGCAGUGACCCUGACUGCGAGGGGCACCGCUGUGAGAACGGGGUCUAUGACCCGCAGCAGGAUGACGGGGACGAGAGUGGGGACGAGGACAGCUGCUCUGAGCACAGCUCCAGCACCUCGACCUCCACCAACCAGAAGGAGGGCAAGUACUGUGACUGCUGCUACUGCGAGUUCUUCGGACACGGAGGGCCUCCGGCGGCUCCAACAAGCAGGAAUUACGCAGAAAUGAGGGAAAAGCUUCGUCUACGCCUGACCAAGAGGAAAGAGGAGCAACCGAAGAAGGCAGACGCGGCCUCGGAACGGGAGAGUGUGGUCGACCACCGCAAGGUGGAGGACUUGCUGCAGUUUAUAAACAGCUCCGAGAGCCGACCCGCCAGCAGCUCGCGGGCCGCCAAGCGAGCGCGACACAAGCAAAGAAAGCUGGAGGAGAAAGCCCGACUGGAGGCCGAGGCCCGCGAGCGGGAGCACCUGCAGGUCCUGGAGGAGCAGCGGCGGCGGCAGCAGGAGGAGGAGGAACGGCUCAAGGAGGAGCUGCAGCGGCUGCGGGCCGUGAAGAAAAAGAAGAAGGAGCGGCCCAGUAAAGACUGCCCCAAGCUGGACCUGCUGGCAGGCAACUGUCAGGGCACCCCCGCACCUGUGCUGACCUCAGACCGCCUCCCCAACGGCUCCCUGGAGCCCCUGGAAGACCCGGAAACCUCCCUGGGCUCCCUGCCCAGACAUGUGAACCAGCGUGCGGAGCCCCGGCCUGGGCUGGACGCAGGCGCCGGGGACGCCCAGCUCAUGCCCCGCAGGGAGGUGAACGGCAAGCCCCAGGAGCCUCUGGCCUUCCUCUUUGACGUCCUGCGCGACCACAAGGAGGCGGGCGGCCGGACCAAGCUCAGGCCUGCCACCGGCAAGAAGUCCGGGGAGUGUCCCCGCGUCACCCCCACCCCCGAGCCUGCACCCAGAGCCAGACCGAAAGCCACUGACCUCACAGCCCUGGCGGAGCCGAAGCGAGAGGAGAGGAAAGUCAGCGGCGGCAGCAGCAAAAAGCAGCUGAACCACAUGAAGGACGACAAGCCCACGGCGGGCCCCGCCCAGCCACCCUCGCCCACCCACUCCCCCAGCGAGUGCCCGCAGGACAGCAAGCCAGGCCUGGCUGAGUCUCCUCAGCCCAAGGGCAAGAGCAAGAAGAGCAAGAAGAAGAAAGGAGAGCGAGUCAGCAAUUCAAUUGACGAUGUCUUCCUGCCCAAAGAUAUCGACCUGGACAGUGUGGACAUGGAUGAGACUGAGAGGGAGGUGGAGCACUUCAAAAGAUUCUGCCUGGACUCCGCGCGGCAGACGCGACAAAGACUGUCCAUCAACUGGUCCAACUUCAGCCUGAAGAAAGCCACGUUUGCUGCCCACUGAAAGAGCUGUAGCUGUGUGCCUGUAGUCUGAGUGCGCUGUGACUGUGGCUCUGCCGGAGCUCCCCGCCAGCGCCUCGGCCGGCCACGAGCUCGGCCCGCUGGACCCGGCCGGGCGAGUGCAGCCGCCCGAGUGGCCACGUUGCCUCUCCAUCUUGCCGUCCCGCCCCCCCCCUCCCGUGGGCGGGGCCGGUGGUCCCGCGUCUCCCGCACUCGUCCCGCUCGUCUGAGAGUGUCCACGUCCCGCUAUUUGUGUUUGACCCUGACUUGUAGCUGGCUCGUGUAGGACCCUUGCCGAAUGAGAAGGUUGGCACUGAGCUGCUCACCCAGUACUCACACGCCGUCAAGUCUGUUCAAGAGCGUACAACUGUAUUAACACGAGGCCUGCCGGGCUCCUUCUUUAACAUAUUGUUAAGUAAUAUUAAAAUCAUGUCUUUCUUUUUGAAAGAUGGAAUACAUUAGUACGGCAGAA